AUGGAGAAGAAGGAUGUCCCGUGCCAUAUUACUGCUACUGCCACAUUGACUCUAAGUACCGUUUACGAAGAUACCAGAAUCGUCCUACUCAGAGACACGGUUCGUGUUCGACACAUGCAGCCCCACACCCAUGCCAAGAUUGCCUCCUAUGUCGACGAUUUCUCGGUAGAUCUCAUCCUCCGCCAAUAUUGGAACGACCCGCGUCUUGCAUUCAAGACUUUUAACCUCAACCGAACGACAGCGUUCACGCUGUCUGACAAGAUCCUGAAAGACAUAUGGGUGCCCGACCUUUUCUUUGCCAACGAGAAACACGCAUGGAGACACGAUAUUACGACCCCCAACGUGCUGGUGAGAAUCUCACCGUCCGGGGAUGUGCUUUAUUCACAGAGGAUCAAGCUGAAGCUGGCCUGUCUGUAUGACUUCUUAAAGUUCCCCAUGGACAACCAGACGUGUAAAAUAGAAAUGCGCAGCUACGCGUACACUACUGACGAACUGAAUUUUAUAUGGAGUACGGAUCCAAUCCAGCGACCACACGAUCUCUAUCUGCCAGAAUUUACACUAAAGAGGGGAUCGUCAAAGUAUUGUAAGAGCAAAACAGUAACAGGAGAAUACACUUGCAUCUACGCCGAAUUUGGCCUCAUAAGAGACAUUCAAUUUUAUAUCCUCGACAUCUACAUCCCAACAAUAGUCGUCGUCCUGAUUUCUUUUAUAAACUUCUGGAUAGACCCCCGUGCCACGCCCGCCCGGGUGUCGAUAGGGGUCAUCACUGUGCUCACAAUAUCGACGCAGGGGGUCAACAUGCAGCACAGGCUGCCCCGAGUUUCGUACAUAAAAGCUGUCGAUGUCUGGCUGACCACGUGUCUCAUAUUUGUCGUGACGUCCAUGUUGGAGUAUGCAGUGGCUAACAUGUUACUUCAGAGAACAGCGAGACAGAAAGAAAAGGCGGCGAGACCCGAGCCUAAUUCCAACAUCCUUAAGGCAUUUCAGAGUAGCGCCUGUGAGAAGAACGUGAAUGGAGUUCCAACGGCAAUCCUAGGUGCAGAAAUCAUCCCUCUCACCUCCAAGAAACACCAUGUAGAUAUGCCAACCUUGGACUUUACGCCGCUAGAAUCCAAAUGGAAUGCCGAUAACUUGGACAGAGCUUCCAGGGUGAUAUUCACAUCUGCUUUUGCCAUUUUUAAUGCCGUAUACUGGUGCGCCUAUCUGUUGAAUUGAGCAACUGCUGAAUUAAUUUUAUCGUUAAAAAGCCCUAUGUCAAAAUGACAUAUAUAGUUCUAAUAACUUGUUUUAACAAUGAAU